GCAGCUGCAACACUGCUCUUUUCAUGUAUUUAUGUGCUGAUAUGGUAUAUGACGGGGAAAAGAAACGGGUUUCUCUUCUGGAAAAAGAAUAGCAGCAAAACUGAAAGGCAUUACGAGGCCAUGAUAGUAUCGUAUGGAUCACUCGCUCCAAAAAGAUACAUAUACUCAGAGGUAAUGAAAAUAACGUCUUCACGCAAUAAGCAGCUUGGUCAAGGUGGUUAUGGCGUAGUUUUUGAAGGAAAACUACGUGAUGGUCGGUUUGUUGCUGUGAAAUUCUUGCAUGACUGCAAAGGAAACGGGGAGGAGUUUGUGAAUGAGGUUGUGAGCAUUGGCAGGACCUCUCAUGUGAAUAUUGUUAGCUUGUUUGGAUUUUGUUUGGAGGGAUCAAAACGUGCUCUUAUAUAUGAGUACGUGUGCAAUGGUUCCCUAGACAGUUACAUCUACUCAGAGAACCCAAAAGAAAUUUUAGGAUGGGAGAGGCUCUAUGGAAUAGCGAUUGGGAUAGCUCGCGGACUAGAGUAUUUGCACCACAGCUGCAAUACACGGAUCGUCCAUUUUGAUAUUAAGCCUGAAAAUAUCCUUCUAGACCAGGAUUUUUGCCCAAAGAUUGCCGAUUUUGGUCUAGCUAAACUGUGUCGUACCAAGGAGAGCAAGCUUUCAAUGAUUGGUGCAAGAGGAACAAUUGGAUUCAUAGCUCCAGAAGUUCACUCACGAAACUUCGGAGUUGUUUCAACAAAGUCAGAUGUUUACAGUUAUGGAAUGAUGUUGCUAGAGAUGGUUGGAGGCAGGAAAAAUGUCAAAUCAGUAGCGGAAAAAUCCAGCGAAAAGUAUUUCCCGGAUUGGAUUCAUGACCACUUUGCUCAAGAUGAUGGAUUAGAAGCAUGUGAAGUUACAAGUGACAUUGUGGAAAUUGCAAGAAAGAUGACCUUAAUUGGCUUGUGGUGCAUACAAGUAUUACCUGUUUAUCGUCCUACUAUAACCAAAGUUCUAGAAAUGUUUGAGAGAAGCUUAGAUGACAUGGCCAUGCCACCCAAGCAGAACUUCUGUGAAUUACUUGAAACUUCAGCUCACAAUAUGGAUGUACAAAGUGCAAGUUCUACCAGAUCUGAGGAGACAACCUUUGUGAAUUCAAAAGUCCAACAACAAUUGCCAAAUUUUUGAGCAGAUAAGCCCUAGAAUACUAAAAAAACUAGGUUCAUUUCCAAUUCAUUGAGAAGGUGAUUGUACUAGAUUACGUUAUGAAAUCGAACAAGCGCAACUAAACUCGACAUUGUAUCAUACAGUGUAUUCCAUGUAUACAUGACCUAGAUUCAAGAAUAUCGGCAUUCCAUAUAACAUAUGGGAUAAAAAAACCUUUGAGAAAGAAAAAGGAAUAAAAAGUGUUCAAUGA